AUGGCUGCGAGAUUAGCGGAUGCCGGUUCUGUUGACAAUUUCAUUUCAGAACAGGAAAAUAAAGCUACCUCACAAAAAACAGAACGAGAUGUAAAACUGUUACACUUGUUUUUGCAAACCAAGAAUGAGGAAAGAAAAAUGGAAAAUAUUCCGACAGCAGAACUGAACGAGUACGUGUCUGAGUUUAUAAUUUCAGUCAGAACCAAAGACGGGAAAGAAUAUGAGCCAUCUUCGCUCCGAAGUUUAUUAGCAAGCUUCGAGCAACAUCUUAAGAAAAAAAAUUACCCUGCAAGCAUUAUCAACGAUUUAGCAUUUGAGAAGACAAGAAAAUCUCUUCAGUCCAAGCAAAAAGAAUUAAAAAAACAAGGAAAAGGAAAUAAACCAAACGCUUCGGUGCCUUUAACUAGUUCGGAACUAAAUACGCUGUAUGCAAAAAACCUUUUCGGUAUGCGAAAUCCAGAGUCGCUUUUAAACACGCUCUGGUUGAAUAACACAAUGCAUUUUGGACUCAGAGGCUGCAAAGAGCAUAGAGAUAUGUGCUGGGGUGAUGUAAAAUUGAAGUAA